AUGGACGAGAGUGUUGUUGACGAUCUUAUUCGGAGGCUUGUCUCAGCGAAGAAUGGCCGGACCACCAAACAGGUGCAGCUCACGGAGGCCGAAAUAAGGCAGCUUUGCUCCGCUUCCAAGGAGAUCUUUCUCAGCCAGCCGAAUCUUCUUGAGCUUGAAGCUCCGAUAAAAAUUUGCGGAGAUGUUCAUGGUCAGUUUUCCGAUCUUUUGCGAUUGUUUGAGUAUGGUGGGUACCCACCUGAGGCCAAUUAUUUAUUCCUAGGGGACUAUGUCGAUCGUGGUAAGCAGAGCAUAGAGACAAUAUGCCUUCUCCUUUCCUAUAAGAUCAAAUACAAGGAGAACUUCUUUCUCCUCAGAGGCAACCAUGAAUGUGCUUCCAUCAACCGCAUAUAUGGGUUCUAUGAUGAGUGCAAGAGAAGAUUUAAUGUUCGCAUUUGGAAGACAUUUACUGACUGCUUCAACUGUCUUCCUGUUGCGGCUCUUAUUGAUGAAAAGAUCCUUUGCAUGCAUGGUGGUCUUUCUCCUGAUUUGAAAAACUUGGAUCAGAUUAGGAAUAUUGCCCGGCCGGUGGACGUGCCAGAUCAGGGCCUUCUCUGUGAUCUAUUAUGGGCUGAUCCUGAUAAAGAUGUUGAAGGUUGGGGAGAGAAUGAUCGUGGCGUGUCCUAUACUUUUGGUGCUGACAAGGUUGCUGAGUUCCUCCAGAAACAUGACCUUGAUCUCAUUUGCCGUGCUCAUCAGGUUGUGGAAGAUGGGUAUGAGUUUUUUGGAAAGCGGAAGCUGGUGACAAUAUUCUCAGCACCAAAUUACUGUGGGGAGUUCGAUAAUGCUGGUGCCAUGAUGAGUGUAGAUGAUACAUUGACAUGUUCCUUCCAGAUCUUGAAAGCAUCUGAGAAGAAAGGAAAGGUUGGAGUAGGCAACAACAUGUUAAGACCAGGAACUCCACCUCAUAAGAAUUGUCUUAGCCGAGUAGCUUCCUUGGAUAAUUACAGUAGGUCAAUUAGUACUGAAUGGAUGGUGCAAGCUGUUGGCUAA